ACGGACGAUGGCGUUGUGCCUGGGUCGGCCUCGAGGUUGUGGCUUGACAAAGGGGAAAUCGAAACCAAAAAACGUGGGGGUCUCGUUCAGGCUAAGCCGGGCCUGCGAACCGGAAGAGACGUAUCAGCGAA